UGUCCCCAGGUGCUCAGAACUCAGGUCCUGAUGCUGAGCAUCAUCCGUGAACAUCCUCAGCAGAGGUGGGAGGAGCCAUGGAGAACAGCACCACUGUCACUGAGUUCAUUUUGCUGGGGCUGUCUGAUGCCUGUGAGCUGCAGGGGCUCAUUUUCCUGGGCUUCCUCUUGACCUACCUCCUCACACUGCUGGGAAACUUCCUCAUCAUCUUCAUCACUCUUGCGGACAGGCGCCUUUACACCCCCAUGUACUACUUCCUGCGCAACUUCGCCGUCCUAGAGAUCUGGUUCACCUCCGUCAUCUUCCCCAAGAUGCUAACCAACAUCAUCACAGGACACAAGACCAUCUCCCUGCUAGGCUGUUUCCUCCAGACAUUCCUCUAUUUCUUCCUGGGCACCACGGAGUUCUUUCUACUGGCAGUGAUGUCCUUUGACAGGUACGUGGCCAUCUGUAACCCUCUGCGUUAUGCCACCAUCAUGAGCAAAAGAGUCUGUGUCCAGCUUGUGUUUUGCUCAUGGAUGUCAGGAUUACUUCUCAUCACGGUUCCCAGUUCCUUGUUAUUUCAGCAGCCAUUCUGCGGCUCCAACGUCAUUAACCAUUUCUUCUGUGACAACUUUCCGCUCUUGGAGCUCGUAUGUGCAGAUACAAGCCUGAUGGAGUUCCUGGGUUUUGUUAUUGCCAACUUCAGCCUCCUGGGCACUCUGGCUGUGACUGCCACAUGCUAUGGCCACAUCCUCUACACCAUCCUGCACAUCCCCUCAGCCAAGGAGAGGAAGAAAGCCUUCUCAACGUGCUCCUCUCACAUCAUUGUGGUGUCUCUCUUCUAUGGCAGCUGCAUCUUUAUGUAUGUCCGGUCCGGCAAGAGUGGACAGGGGGAGGAUCACAACAAGGUGGUGGCAUUGCUCAACACUGUAGUGACCCCAACACUCAACCCCUUCAUCUACACCCUGAGGAACAAGCAGGUGAAGCAGGUAUUUAGGGAGCAUGUGAGCAAGCUCCAAAAGCUGAGCCAGACGUGAAGAAAAAACACAUUGCCAGCUUGCCUGAAUCUUUGCUAAUGAAACCUGCCCUGGUAGCUGCUGAUUUUCUCCAUGGGGGCAGUUUUGUGUGAUGUGCUCUGAUGUACUGUGCUUUCUUACUUGUAUCACGGCUGUCCAUUCUGUCUUGUUCAGAGACGACAGAAAUUCCAACAGACCAGUGCUACGUGUUAUGUCUUGAUAUUUCGGA